UCCUAUAUGAAAUUAACAAGACCAAUUGGAAAGCCUCAAUUCAAUUUGGAACGAUUUUGUAGUUCGGGAUAAUUCACAACGCAUAAAUAGUUCGCAUAUAACUUUCAGCAUCGAUUAUAAAACGAUUAGUUUAGUUAGACUCGAUUUAAAGAGAACAGUCAGUUGCACUAAUAUAGUUGUGUGCGCGCUCGGCUGGGCCCACGUAGUUCCAGGUAUCGAGUUUCCAAGAAUUUCCAAAUGAGCCACAAUUGGUUUGAAUAAAAAGUCACUCCAAGCAUAUAUAUUCGUCACUUUCUUCGUAAGUACGGUUAAGCAUAUACGAAUUUUUAUUUUGUACCGUGUGUGGAAUAUUCCCAACAAGAUGGAUAACACUAUCCUUCCCGCUUUUCUUGUUAAAAUGUUCCGCAGAAGCUUACGACUAACAACAAAGAUCUAAGUUCGCCGGUUUUGUUUCAUUCCGCCUUUGUAGAGAAAAUCUGCCAAUUCGCCCAUUUGGUGACACGCCUCAGUAUUUGAAUAAAUUUUCCGUAAAAGAUGAUUGAAAUCAUUGGAAAAGUGGUAUGCUCAAUAGUAAUUCUAGAAUAAUACAGGACUGUAGUCCACUAAAUUUUUUCUUCAUAGCUUGGCUUAUUCUUUUUCAGGUUGAUACACAAUGCCACCAUCGACACAAUCUUCAGUAUCAUCUCAGUCCUCGUCCUCGCAGGCCACAACAAACAGCAGUGCAAUGACCCCUAUGUUCGGAGGGAGUGGGGUUGGAGGGGGGACUACAGGGGUGUUAGUGAGUAAGAAGACAAAGCAGAGAAGUGCGAGUAGAAACAGAGAGAGACUGAAGAAGAAGUAUGUGAGUUUGCUGGAUGAACUGAGUCAGAAACAGCAGGAGUUGAAGGAUCCUAAGGCAGUGUCGACUGUCAAGAAUUUACUCAAACAGUCGAAUACGAUGGCUGGAUUUUUGACAGACACGAAGGAAGCCUACUAUGACUUCAAGUACAUGAGGCAGAUCAGUGAGAUAUCGACAGACCUGAUGAACAAGACUUCUCUAGAGAGCAAGUUCAACCCAGUCCAUUUCAUGGAGCAGGCAGCAGCACUCGUCAUGACAAACUUAAAUUUGUCUUCAUCAGUACGCGAACCAGUUUGGGGUCUUUCUGACAUGGGAAACCGCACAGCUUGUUUUGGACUGCGGAUCCCUGACACGUUCAGAUACAAGGACAUGGACGAAGAGAUCCCUCUGGUGGUGAAGGAGAGGAAGGUGACCCAGCGGGCGAAACCAAUGCCCCAGUCAGAUCCAGUGGUGGUCAAUGCAGUUGACGGAGACGAUGAGACCAUGGACGAAACUCAGUCGGCCAAUUCAACUGAUGCUCAAAAAACUACAGAAGUCGUGGAACGGUUCUACAAAGCGCUGAAGCGAGAAUCCUCCAAGUACGAAAAUGGUGAUGUAGACUUCUUUGAAAUGGUGUUAGAUCCUACUUCUUUCGGACGAACAGUCGAGAACAUCUUCUAUCUCUCAUUUUUGGUGCGAGACGGCCACGUGAACUUGUUUUUGGACGAGGACAAAUUGCCAAUUUUGCGUCCAGUCAGAAAUAAAAAAGCGCUUCCAUCUACACCUUCUAAUUCUGGAAACAACAAAGGAAAACAGUUAGUGAUUGCUCUUUCGAUGGAGGAAUGGAAAGAUUUGUGCAAGGAAUGGAGCAUAACAACUCCGUGUUUUAAAAGAUAACAUUAAUACUUCGGUGUUUUCUUCUGAUUGGAAUGAUUUGAGUUCGAUGUUUGAUCAUAUAGUAGUAUAGUCAGUACGUUGUCAGAAAUUGUUA